ACUGCACUGAAGAGCGGACAUCCUAAGAGGGGCUGUCCCCAGCUUUAUAAUGAAGAAGAGCAGAAGUGUGAUGACAGUGACCGCAGAUGACAAUGUUACAGAUUAUUUUGAAUGUAGCCUAAGUAAAUCCUACAGUUCUUCCAGUAACACCCUGGGGAUCGACCUCUGGAGAGGGAGAAGGUGCUGCUCAGGAAACUUACAGCUACCGCCAUUGUCCCAAAGACAAGGUGAAAGGGCAAGGACCCCCGAGGGAGAUGGCAUUUCCAGACCAACCACACUGCCUUUGACAACACUUCCAAGCAUUGCCAUAACAACUGUGAGCCAGGAGUGCUUUGAUGUGGAAAAUGGCCCUUCCCCAGGUCGGAGCCCACUGGACCCCCAGGCCAGCUCUUCCUCUGGGCUGGUGCUUCAUGCCACCUUUCCUGGGCACAGCCAACGCAGAGAGUCCUUCCUCUACAGAUCCGACAGCGACUAUGACUUGUCACCAAAAGCAAUGUCAAGAAACUCAUCACUUCCAAGUGAGCAACAUGGCGAUGACUUGAUCGUCACUCCUUUUGCCCAGGUUCUUGCCAGCUUACGAAGUGUGAGAAACAACUUCACUCUGCUGACAAACCUUCAUGGAGCACCUAACAAGAGGUCGCCAGCGGCUAGUCAGGCUCCAGUCUCCAGAGUCAGCCUGCAAGAAGAAUCUUAUCAGAAAUUAGCAAUGGAAACGCUGGAGGAACUAGACUGGUGCCUAGACCAGCUAGAGACCAUCCAGACCUACCGCUCUGUCAGCGAGAUGGCUUCCAACAAGUUCAAAAGAAUGCUGAACAGGGAGCUGACGCACCUCUCAGAGAUGAGCCGGUCAGGGAACCAGGUGUCUGAAUACAUUUCAAACACUUUCUUAGACAAGCAGAAUGACGUGGAGAUCCCGUCUCCCACCCAGAAAGACAGGGAGAAGAAGAAGAAGCAGCAGCUCAUGACGCAGAUCAGUGGAGUGAAGAAGCUGAUGCACAGCUCAAGCUUGAACAACACAAGCAUCUCCCGCUUCGGGGUCAACACAGAAAACGAGGACCACCUUGCCAAGGAGCUAGAAGAUCUGAACAAAUGGGGCCUUAACAUUUUCAAUGUGGCUGGGUACUCACACAAUCGGCCCCUCACGUGCAUCAUGUAUGCCAUAUUCCAGGAAAGAGAUCUUCUAAAGACAUUUAAAAUCUCAUCUGACACCUUCGUAACCUAUAUGAUGACUCUGGAAGACCAUUACCAUUCUGAUGUGGCAUAUCAUAACAGCCUGCAUGCAGCAGAUGUAGCCCAGUCAACCCACGUGCUUCUUUCUACACCGGCAUUAGAUGCUGUCUUCACAGACUUGGAGAUCCUGGCUGCCAUCUUUGCAGCUGCCAUCCAUGACGUUGAUCAUCCUGGAGUCUCCAAUCAGUUUCUCAUCAACACAAAUUCAGAACUUGCUUUGAUGUAUAAUGAUGAGUCUGUGUUGGAAAACCACCACCUUGCUGUGGGUUUCAAACUCCUGCAAGAGGAACACUGUGACAUCUUCCAGAAUCUUACCAAGAAGCAGCGUCAGACCCUCAGGAAAAUGGUGAUUGACAUGGUGUUAGCAACUGAUAUGUCCAAACACAUGAGCCUGCUAGCAGACCUGAAAACGAUGGUGGAAACCAAAAAGGUGACAAGCUCGGGUGUUCUCCUCCUGGACAACUAUACUGAUCGGAUACAGGUCCUUCGCAACAUGGUACACUGUGCAGACCUGAGCAACCCCACUAAGUCCUUGGAACUGUAUCGGCAAUGGACCGAUCGCAUCAUGGAGGAAUUCUUUCAACAGGGAGACAAAGAACGGGAGAGGGGAAUGGAGAUUAGCCCAAUGUGUGAUAAACACACUGCUUCUGUGGAAAAAUCCCAGGUUGGUUUCAUUGACUACAUCGUGCAUCCACUGUGGGAAACCUGGGCAGACCUGGUUCAACCUGAUGCUCAAGAUAUUCUGGACACAUUAGAAGAUAACAGGAACUGGUAUCAGAGCAUGAUACCCCAAAGUCCCUCCCCACCACUGGAUGAGAGGAACAGAGACUGCCAGGGUCUCAUGGAGAAGUUUCAAUUUGAACUGACCCUUGAAGAGGAAGAUUCUGAAGGAGCAGAAAAAGAGGGAGAGGGCCACAGCUAUUUCAGCAGCACAAAGACACUUUGUGUGAUCGAUCCCGAAAAUAGGGAUUCUCUGGGAGAGACUGACAUAGACAUUGCAACAGAGGACAAAUCCCCAAUUGACACAUAAUCUCCCCCUGUGUGGAGAUGGACAUUCUACCUUUGACAAGCAUGCCAGCUGAGUGGUAGGGCCUGCCUGUCACGGCCAAGGCCUGCACAGGACAAAGGCCAUCUGGCCUUUCCAGUUACUUGAGUUUGGAGCCAGAAUGCAAGGCCAUGAAGCAAAGAGCAGUUCAAGAAGUUCCGUGGCUGACUUGCCUUGCCUUGCUUGCAAGCUUGGCGGAGAACUGAAGCUUUAUGUGGUGGUAGGGGCCAGUUCCCAUCACAAUUAAAUGACUUGAAAACAGAAGACACAAAACUGAGAGAUUUCUCUGCACUAAGUUUCGGGACACUGUCCCAAGGAGUGAUGGAACUCACCGAUAACUUCAUUUACAACUCUGCUCACCUGUCCCUUUGUCUGCCAACCUGUGUGCCUUUUUUGUAAAACAUUUUCAUGUCUUUAAAAUGCCUGUUGAAUAUCUAGAGUUUAGUACCAACUUCUACACAGAUAAGUGUUUAAAUUUGACACAAACUUUUUUGAGUCUUUCUCGGGUGGGGGGGGGAGGAAAGAAAACAGUCUCCCUUCUUCCUUGGGCAAUUUCUUUGGCUUUACUCCAGUUAACUUUUGCAAACAGACAGGACAGACAGACUUCCAGCCACAUGCUGUUUCCUUCCCCUCGUUCGGUACCGCUCUACGGUGGCCCUGCAGCUUAGAUGUUUGCCUGCUCGGAGUACUACUUCUCCCUCUGAAAUUUCCCUGCUUUGCUUUAAGCAUAAUAAAGUUGAACAAGGCAGGAGGGCUGGAGGGGAAGCUGUGUUGCUUGCCCUCCGUCUACGUAGUGCUCAGGGGCACGAGGCAGUGUGCUCCGCUGUGACCCAGCCCCAUGCCACUGGGAGUUUCUCACGACCCACGGCUGCCCAUUCCCUCCCACCUCCCUUAUCUCGGUUACGCUCCCUUCAAUUUAAUGCUGCCGUCUUUCUCUCGCACUGCCUUUCUGCACUAACCCCUCCCUCUAUUCCUGUUUAUAACCAUGUAUUUAUUACUUAAUGUACAUAUUGUAAUGUUUUGUAAGUUAUUAAUUUAUAUAUCUAACAUUGCCUGCCAAUGGUGGUGUUAAUUUGUGUAGAAAACUCUGCCUAAGAGUUACGACGUUUUCUUGUAAUGUUUUGUAUUGUGCAUUAUAUAACCUGAACAUCGUUUAGGAAAGACAUGCAGCCUCAUUAACAGUGAGGACAGGAAUGGGCCUUUGUUCCAUGGGUCUGCCCUUUACUUGUCUGAGUCACUUGUUCUGUACAACCCCUUUAUGAGCCGGUUUUACAAACAGGAUUCUCACAUUACAUAUGAAAUGGUUUAUAUUGAACUUUUAUUUUGUUUAGUUUGAUAGGGGUAGGGGGCACUAGGACGGGAUUUUCAGCCCGUGUUCUAUCCAAGUCUGUGUAUGCAUGAGCUGGGUUGUAACUGGGUUCUGCUCUAAUUGUGGCUUUCAUUCUAAACACAACACUACAUUUGCUCACAGAGAUGCUGAGUGUCCCCAGAUUACUGGCUCCAGCCUGCUUACAAGCAGGAAGGUCAUGUUCAAAUUCAAAGGAGACAAUAAAACAAUGUGAAUUUUUGUCAUAGAAUGUGAACUGAUGUAGUAAAUUAUGCAAAUGUGAAGACUCUGAUAACACUUGUUAGGCCUCUUCCUGGCAUCAGUUUCAGUUUGUAAAAUACAUUUCAUGCUUAGGUUCAGCAUUGUGACUCAAUACUAAAGAAAAUGGCACAAAUGUGCAUGACCAGUGGGUUUGUAUGUCUAUGAAACACUGCAUUGUUUCAGGUAGAAAUUAUAUUGUUUUCAAAAGUUUCUCACAAUGUAUGUUAUAAUAUUAUUACUGUUAUAUAUUGUGCUCAAAUGCAUUCUUAAGAGACUUUUAUAUGAGCUGAAUAAACAGAAGCAUGAUUAGA